ACUACAACAAACAUGGCGUGCGAUGAGUGAGAAAUUGCGAAACUCUUGAUCGUGACGUGUUAGUCCAGAAAGGAAAGGAUCACACUCUCCCUAUUUUCAUGUAACGUAACUUGUAAACAGGAAUCAAGAAUUUGUGCGGUGCUUUACAUAUCUUUCCCUGUCCACUUCCCCCCUCCGUCGCUUAGCCAACAUCCAGUCCCUAAACCCCAUGGCAACAUCGAAGCCUGGAGCUCAGUCAGCGGAUGAUGACUGGGAUGAUUACCUUCAUGGCAUGUUUAAGAAGCUCAAGGUGGACCCAGAAAAGUUGAAAGAUGAUACCACCUAUGGCACCUCUGCGACGAAGCAGAGUUCUCGCUGGUACAACCAGUCCAUCAAACCCCCAAAGAAAACCCGUAAAUCUCUUGCCCUGCGGAGCUCAAGGAACAGACUGAGUCCGUAUAGGAGUCUUCUGACUUGCCAUGGAGGGAAAGCGACGUGCGAGAAUCCGUUGAUACGGAGUAGUAAGUUUACCGCUUCGUCUGAACAGGCGAAUCGGUUGGCACACGGCAAGAUGUGGUCGGAAUCUGGAAAUGUCAAAGUGAAGUUUGCAGCUGGUGUUGGGAAGUGCUCAUGCCCUAAACAGGAAGUACCCUGCAAGUGUGACACGAAGAAGGGUGGCGACGUGUGUAGGUGUGGAAGGAAGGCUCCUCCAUGCCACAUUGGUAGCAAGUGCAAAUCUAAGCUGUUAUCAUUCAGAACGCUGGCCACCAUCAUUGAGGAAUCUGGUGAAGCGGUUCCAAAAGAGAAACGAUCUGAAAAGAAAUUGUUUUCUGCUGUGCCAUCUUACAAGCUACAUGAUGGCGAUGCAAGUAAAGCAGCAUGUGUGCGCGAUGCGUCAGCCGAUGCGUCUGCUCGCCCACACUUUUCAAACUAUCGUGACGGUGCUACAGGUUUCAAAGUUUCUCCAAAGAUGCAUGUUCCCUUAGCUGCUCCACCCACCACAACUCCAUUUCCAUCUCGGAGUUCAGUCGGACCGGCUGGCAGGACUUCUAACGUGUCCAGCCGCGUGCCUGCUCGCCCGGAGUAUUCUUGUUCGCAAGAGGCAAGAAUGGCCAUUGACGGUCUUCCUGAUGAUACGUCGGUUGAUGACCUGGCAGGCUAUUUUGAUAGCAUUGUCUACAUUCCGAGGAAAAUGUCGGCCAUGGCGGAGAUGAUGUAUACAUGACAGCGGCCAGAGUAAAACCAUGGCAGCUACAUUAUAUAUCAUUGAUUAUAGUUUAUUUUUUAUUUGAUUAUGUUUUGUACAUGUAUGUAACAGCCAUUAGACAGAAGAAUGUUUAAUCUCUUUGAAACAAAUGAUUAGUCUAGAUUAUUAUUUAUUGUUGGGUUGUAUCUUUUAUCUCUAGCAUCAGCUUUCAAUCCGGGGGGGGGGGCCACUUCCAUUCACGAGUGGAUACCAUGCGCGACCAUGGGGUCUCGAAAAGCACCCUAAACACGUAAUUUCCAUAUUCUGAAAAUGCACCCCUUAACAAGUAUUGGCGUGUGAAACCCUACCCUUAACAAGUAUUGGAAACAAAACGAUACUGUUGGCAAAUAUUCCCUGAAAUGAACCCCUAAACAAGUACAGGAAUGUUUUAUUGUUACGGGUCCUUCGGUCGUCGGCUUUACCUUGUUUGGUUUAGUACGACCCCACCUUCUACACCUCGCGCAAAUUGGACUCUAAACACGAAGUGUUGGGGCAAAAAGGACAUCCUUUAUAAAACAUUUUAAUUUUGUUUUAUCAUCCCCGCAAAUUCGACCCUAAACACGUAAUUGUCCUAGCGAAAUAGAUACCCUUUUUUCAUUAUUUUUGUGUUUUUGACACCCUUAUCACGUUACGUACGUAACGUG